AUGGGCGUGGCAGCCGGUCUGGACAUUUCUCCAGCGGCAGCCGCAGGUGCGGUCGUCUCUGGCGCUUACUUCGGGGACAAGAUCUCGCCGCUUUCUGACUCGACGAACUUUGCUCCAGUGGUCUCAGGUACCACAUUGUACGAACAUAUCCAGCAUAUGCUCUACACGACCUUGCCGGGUUUCGUCAUCGCUGCGGCGGUCUUUUUCUUUGCUGGUCAAAGUGCCGGUGCAGCAGGCAUCAGCGAACCGGAAAAAGUGGCUGAAAUCCUGGCGGGCCUUGAGAGUCUGUAUAACCUGAACAUCGUUCUUGUGAUCCCGCCGGUCAUGAUUCUCUGGGGGGCACUGACGAAAAAACCUGUCCUGCCUUUGAUGCUGGCCGCUUCGGCUAUUGCUGCUGCAAUCGGCAUCUUGCUGCAGGGGUUCUCGCUAAAACAAAGCUUCCAGGCUUAUGUAGACGGCUUUCACCUGGAGAUGUUUGAAGCGAACGGCCGUGAAGUAUCGGGCAUCGUUCCUGAUGUAGCGAAACUGCUGAACCGCGGCGGUUUGUUCUCAAUGAUGAGCACCGUUCUGCUGGUAUUCUGCGCAUUCUCUUCUGCCGGCAUCUUAAGCCUGACCGGUGCCCUGAAUGUCGUACCUGGCCGCUUCCUGCACCUGAUUCAUUCAACGGGUCAACUGAUUGCCUCAACCGUAAUCGCGACUGUCAUCGUUGUGUGUACGACCUUAGACGGCAAACUUGCUCUAUUGAUUCCCGGGGAACUAUUCCAGAACGCCUACAGAAAAAUGGGGCUGGAUACGAAGAACUUGUCCCGUACGAUCGAAGAUGCGGGCACGGUCAUCGAACCUCUUGUUCCGUGGACUGCGGCGGGGCUCUACAUGGCCGGUACGUUGGGCGUUGCGACUCUUGAUUAUCUACCGUGGGCGAUCCAGUGCUAUACCGGCGUUAUCUUCGCCCUGAUUUACGGAUUUACCGGUUUUGGCAUCGCGAAAGCAAAGCCGGAACAAAAUAAGGAGUAG